AUGUUGUUCGGAUCCCUAAUCUUCAUGACCACGUUAUCGUGGAGAUUAUCCAUGAUCACUUUGAUUACUGUACCACUGAUCUUUCUGGUCAAUAAAGUAUUUGGUGUAUGGUACGAUAAAUUGUCAGAAGAGACCCAGAACUCAGUGGCUCAUGCUAACGAUGUAGCUGAAGAGGUCCUUUCAUCUAUUCGAACGGUCAAAAGUUUCGCUUGUGAACGCUUUGAAAGUUACCGGAGUAGAGGGCAAAAAGUGCCAUUGUCUCGUUUCCUUUUUAUUUACAGAUUUUUCUUUGCGAAUGCAUCAUCGAAGAGUUCCAUGAUAAACUUGCUCGAAAGAUAUCAUUCUACAAAAUCUUACACUUUCAGGUUCCUAGGCUACCUUAACGAGACCUUGGCAAUUGCCACUCGUAAAGUAGCUUGUGUGAUAGGCCUAAUUUGGACGAAUGAGCUUUUACAAAUGGCAAUUCUCACCAUAGUACUAUGGUAUGGAGGUCAUCUCAUUAUCCAAGCAAAGGUAUUUUAUUUAACAUAA